UUCUAUAUGUACAUCGAGGCUGACGGACAGGCAGAUGGUAAGAAAGCAAUCCUCAGAUCCCACCUCCAGCGACCGACCACCGAUGACGGGGUUUGCCUGACAUGGUACCACCACAUGUAUGGGCCAGAUGUUGAUAAGUUUAAUGUUUAUGUUCAGUACGGCGAGGAGCUGGUGCCCAUCUUCAAACGACAAGGCACGCAAGGCAACCAAUGGAUGUAUGAACAGUGGACGGUGACCUCAACUGACCCCUGGGCGGUUAUCUUUGAAGGAUUCAAAGGACGACAGAAUGCAGGUGAUAUUGCUAUUGAUGACAUAGUUGUUACGGAUGGAGCCUGUUCUGCUCAGCGAAAAUGCGACUUUGAGGUUGGUUUUUGUUCGUGGAGUCAGGACUGGAAUGAUGAUUUUGAUUGGUCGAUUGGUAACAAUGGGUCUCUCUCAGAAGGGACUGGACCUCCGGUAGACCAUACAAUGGGUACAGAUCUUGGCAUGUUUGCCUUUGUGAGCACAGCCAAACCACCAAGAUCUAGCGGAGAAGUAGCCCAGCUCUUUAGUCCCAUAUACCCAGCAACCCUCAGCGAAUGCCUGACGUUCUGGUUCCACAUCUAUGGAAGCGCCAUUGGAAAACUAGAGGUCUUGGUCUAUGACACAGUCUCACUACAGUCUGCAGUAGUUUGGAUGGAGAAUGGACACGAUGAAAUGGAGUGGCAUUAUGGCCGUGCUUCUCUUUCUGCUAACCAUCCAUAUCAAAUUGCUAUCAAGGCUACAUUAUACGAUGGUGUCACUGGUGACAUUGCCAUAGAUGAUCUUACCAUUCUUGAUGAAUCCUGUUCCAGACCAGGUUUCUGUGAUUUUGAGAAAGGAAGAUGUGGAUGGAGCGAUGAGAAAGAGUUGGACUCUAGAGAUUGGUUACGCAACAAUGGCGCAACUCCAUCUCCUUACACUGGCCCAUCAUUUGACCAUACAACAGGAACUGAUAAAGGCAUGUACAUGUAUUUUGAAGCAGACAAUGAUCUUGAUAGCAGCUAUGCUGACCUAGUAAGUGAAUACUUGCCACGGACCCAGGGAUCAUGUAUGACUUUUUGGUAUCAUAUGUUUGGCAAUGAGAUUGGAAGUCUGGAGGUAUUUGUCAUGGGUUCAGAUGGAAAGCGUAACAAUCCUGUUUGGAGUCAGACUGGAGCUCAGGGUGACAUCUGGAUACAGGGUAGUGCCGACAUUGUCUACAUUGGGGAAUUUAAGAUUGUGUUUAGAGCUUCAGGGAGCAAGAGUGCAAAGGGAGACAUUGCUAUAGAUGAUAUUGAUGUCCAUACCAGAUCCUGUGAUGAUGGUGGAGGACCGACAACUUUGCCUGUGAUUUCCAUGUCUUGUACAUUCGAAUCAAACCUGUGUUCAUACACCCAACUGAGGAGCGACCAGUUUGACUGGACAAGAACCUUCUGGUCGAGUGGCAUGGACAGCACUGGCCCCAGGUUCGACCACACACGGGGCGACGCCAGCGGAAGGUACGUCUACACGGAUGCAACAGGCCGUAUCCGUGGGGACAAGGCUCAGCUUGCCAGCCCUGCCCAGAACCCGACCGGUCCCGGAUCCUCCAAGUGUCUUGUGUUUUGGUAUCAUAUGUAUGGUGUGCAUGUUGACAGAUUCAACGUCUAUCUUAGAAUUUCAGGACCCCAGAUAACGGUAGAUGACCUCAUUUUCACAAAGUACGGCACCCAGGGAAACCAAUGGAAAAAAGCGGAGAAAGAAAUCACGUCGGAUGAUACCUGGAUGAUUAUUUAUGAGGGUAUCAUCGGGGAGAGUGAAUACGGUGAUAUUGCAGUGGAUGACAUAGCUCUCUAUGAUGGUGCCUGUCCAACACAAGUUGAAUGUGACUUUGAGAUGGACUUCUGUUCCUGGACCCAGGAUCAGACCAACCCUUGGCAAUGGCAGAGGAACGCUGGACCAACUCCUACCCCUAGCACAGGACCAUCUUAUGAUCACUCCACCGGUAGCGCCCUUGGUUAUUAUGCUUUUGUCAAAGCAUCUGAUGCAUCAUCUGAUUCCAAGGCACGACUCUUUAGUCCCAUCUAUUUAGAUACCGAUAUGGAAUGCCUGAGGUUUUGGUACCAUAUGUUUGGUGAUAACCUCGGCCAGUUGAACAUUUACAUAGAGGACCAAGUAACACAAGAAGUUGGUAAUCCCUUGUUCACCAGGAGUGGUCCUUCUGAUGAUUCAUGGAGGUUUGGUCAAGUUAGUAUCUCAUCUUCCCAUCGCUAUAAGGCUGUCAUUGAAGCUUCAAGAUCAGAAGGAGAUAACAUCCAGGGAGACAUUGCUGUUGAUGACUUGGAGAUCUUCAGAGGGGCCUGUCUACGUAAAGGAUUCUGUGACUUCCAAAAUGAUCUAUGUGGCUGGUCCCAAGAGGUAGUCCAGGACCAGUGGGAUUGGCUGAGGUCAUCUGGGCCUACUGAUAGUCCUAAUACUGGACCACAAGUGGACCACACCUUUGGAACUCGGGAUGGUUACUAUAUUUUCUUUGAGAAUUCCUUUCCAACGCUGAAGAUUGGUGAAACAGCAGUUCUUAACAGUGAAUACUUCAGCCCGACCCAGUCUGCCUGUCUCAGUUUCUGGUAUUACAUGUAUGGAAAUCAUAUUGGGGAUCUUAAUGUUUGGAUGGCGUAUCUUUCUGGACAAUCCAGGCAGUCUCGUUGGACAGUUAGCGGAAACCAAGGCUUUGCUUGGUACAAUGCUAAAAUUGAUCUUUCGAGUGAUGUGGAAUUUAGGGCCACCAUGGCAACUGACAUCAUCGCUUUGGUACUCUAUAUGUGA